AUGAGUAGUGUUCCUCAGGGGUCGCUGUUGGGACCGGUGCUGUUUAACGCCUUUGUUGGUGAUGUGGACAGUGGGAUUGAGGGCACCCUCAGCAAGUUUGCCCAUGACACAAAGCAGAGUGGAGCAGUCAACAUGCUGGAUGGAAGGGACACCAUCCAGAGGGACAUGGCCAGGCCGAAGAUGUGGGCCGGUGUGAACCUCAUCAAGUUCAACAAGGCGAUGUGGACAGUGGGAUUGAGGGCACCCUCAGCAAGUGUCUGUGUAGCCGGGUAUGGACAGUCUGGUGGGAACGAGAUCCUGCAGCUGCUCCCACCACCGUCGCUGCAGGUGAAGGAGACCCAGGGCCUGUGUCCAGAGAGAGAUUUCAAGGUGGAAUGUGGUGGAUUUUCAAACCGCCCGGUGUACAGCCUGAAAUACGUGCCGGACACCAGUGAAAGCUGCAGCGUGUGUCUUGGGGGGCAGCCGACGGGGAAACCGAAGCUGCUGCUGGAUAACUUGAAUCCUCGGCUUUUUCCAGAACUUACUGUGACGAGUGGACCACCAGACAGCUCCCUCCAGGUCUGGCAGGUGUCAGCAGAGGACUCUGAUGUUAUUAAAUCCGUGGGUGCUAUAUCUACAGAAAAUGCCACUGGGCAACCUUGGGCUAAAAUUGCAACCAUUUCGGCCAGAGCGCCGUGGGUCCUUCACGGCUCAAGACUCGACAGCGUCCAAAUUACAGAGGUUGAAUCGAGGAAAAAUGUCUACAUGGCAGCCUCCCGAAACAGCGAGGAGCUCAGCGGCCUGGCGUUCCUGGAUUGCAACACGUUGCUCCUCUGCUGUGCCAAGGGGCAGCUGUGCCUGGCUGACGUUCGGCAGCCGCAGAGUCCCUUGGAGGCUGCGUCCGUCCCCUCGGCGCCGUGUGGCGAGCGGUGGUGCAUGGGAGUCGGGCGCGGACCUCAAGGCUCUGACUCCAUCUCCCGGCCCGUAGCUCGCCUCUCGAGCGGAGGGCACCUCACCCUGACAGACCUAAGAAAAACCUCCGAGUCCUUGGCCUCGGCGAAGUGCAGAGUGCCCUCUUCCAGCUCGGGUGCGGAAUUCCUGUGCGUCUCCUGGGCUCCUGUUCUGGAAAGCUGCCUUGCUGUUUCAGGUUUCGAUGGCACCGUGCAUGUGUAUGACGCGCAGAGCUGGGACAGCUCUGGCGGGGAAGCAGAGCCCGUCUUUGUUCACAAAGGCCACGCGUUCGGCGGCUGGGACGGCAGCGGAGGCCCUCCCUUGGUCACAGCGCACACGUGGCAUCCGCAGAAACCGAGAACUUUAUUGUCGGCGGCAAGCGACGGUUCCCUGCACGUUUGGGACUGGGUUCAGUCUUGUGGGAACUGUGGGUAG